AUGCUGGGCACGGCCACCUCCGCCACUGCCUCCCAGGGGACCAGGCGGGGGACAGGGUCCUCCACGUCACCCACCCAGCCCCUCCUCCGACACAGCCGGGUCUGUGGAUUCACUUGCGGGGCUGAGGGAACAAAGCUGAGGACACCCCGGGGCGCUCACAACAGAAAGGUCAUGUCUGGCGGUUGUGGAGCCGGACAGCGGUGCCAGCGGGCUACCCUCCCCGAGGGAGAGGCCAGCUGCUGUGCGGAAGCCCCGAAGGCACCCCUUUCUGAGUUCACAAACCCUGUCUCAGGACACAUUCUAGAACGCCGCGAGGCGCUGGCUUCGUUCCCUCGGGGUGAGGGCGGAGGCCGCAGGAGGAGCCGGGGCGGCAGCCAGCCCCCGGGCCGCCCCCCAGGUCCAUGGCCCGCGGCCCGCGGCUCGGAGAUGCCUGAAGGCCCGGACGAUGCCCGCGCGGGUCCCGGCGCACAGAUGCCUGGAGCGCACGCCCGAGUUCGCGCCGCGCACCGCCGUCCUGCCUGGGUCCCCGCGGGCGCCCCACGGCGCCGCGUCUGGUUCGUGUGCGACCCGCUGGGCAUCGCGUGCGCCGCCGGCACCUGGCUGCUGGUGCUGUACGCCACGGGCGUGCUGCUGGAGGACCUGCUCAUCCCGUCCGAGGACGCGGCCUACGGCGUGGCCAACGGCGCGCUCUUCCAUCUGCUGGCUUUCCUGGGGCUGGCGUCGCACGCGCGGACCAUGCUCAGCGACCCCGGCUCGGUGCCCGUCGGGUACGCGCCUCCGCCGGGCCCCGCGCCGGCCGCGUCCUGGUGCGCCCGCUGCAGCAGCGCCAGGCCCGCGCGCGCCCACCACUGCCGCGUCUGCCGGCGCUGCGUACGCAAGAUGGACCACCACUGCCCCUUGGUCAACAACUGCGUGGGCGAGGACAACCAGAAGUACUUCGUGCUCUUCACGCUGUACAUCGCGCUGGCCUCGUUGCACGCGCUGCUCCUGCUGGGCAUCCCCGUCCUGCGCAGCUACGCACGCGGUGAGUGGGACGCGCACAGCUCCUUCUCUCCGCGCCUGUCCGUCCUGGUCCUCUUCCUGGUGGCUCUGAAGGGCCUGCUCUUCGCCUCCGUCAUGUUCUGGACCCAGAUGUACGCCAUCUGCACCGACCGGACGAGACUUGAGCAGCUGCAGAGGGAGAGGGGCCGGGGGCGCAGAAGCACCGGGUGGAUGAACCUGAAGGCCGUCUGCGGCCCCAGCUUCUCCUUGGCCUGGCUCAGCCCCUUUGCCUCACCGGCGCCUCAGAAUGCAGCGCAGCAGUCAGACCUGCACUGGGGUCCCACAUCUCUCCAGCUGCCCAGCGGCCUCUCCCACUCCCCCUCUUGGAAGAUGGGCACCGACACAGGGUGA